UCCAGCCAAGAGGUGGUGCCCGGAGUUGAUCCGUUAGGGUAUAAAGAGCCCGCAAAGGCUCCGGCUUGAUGCUCAACUAAAACCCUUUUCUCGGGUUAACCUUUGCGGAACCCGCCAUGGCCGACGACAAGAAGAAACGGAACAAGAAGAAGAAGAAGACCAAACGCGGAGGUGGGAAGAGGAAGAUGACGGUCGAGCAAGCUUCGGCUUUCAUGUCUGUAAGCAAUUGGGUAUUCUUAGAUUCUUCUUAUUCUUCUUCUUCUCCUCGUCCUUCCUCCUCUUCGGCUUCUUCGCUCGAUGGCUUCGCCGUGACGAUCACUGGCGACAACAAAUUGGUCUUCGAGCUUCAUUCCCACUCCAAUUUCAGUGAUGGGUUCUUGUCGCCUUCGAAGCUCUUGGAGAGAGCUCAUAUGAAUGGGGUGAAAGUUCUUGCUCUUACCGAUCAUGAUACGAUGGCCGGUAUUCCUGAAGCAGUGGAGACUGGAUGCAGAUUUGGCAUCAAAAUUAUUCCCGGUGUCGAGAUCAGUACAAUGUUCCGGUCAAGAGACUCUGGAUAUGAGGAGCCAGUGCAUAUACUCGCGUAUUAUGGCAGUUGCGGUCCAUCAAUGUACAAUGAAAUGGACGAAUUCCUGGCUAAGAUAAGGGAUGGACGUUUCAACCGAGCAAGAGAAAUGGUCCUGAAACUGAAUAAACUGAAGAUACCUCUUAAGUGGGAGAAUGUCGCAAAGAUUGCGGGAAAGGACGUUGCUCCAGGUAGGUUGCAUGUGGCCCGAGCCCUCUUCGAAGGAGGGUAUGUGGAGAAUCUCAAACAAGCUUUCACCAGAUAUUUGUACGAUGGUGGACCUGCUUAUUCCACUGGGAGUGAGCCUAUGGCCGAGGAAGCGGUGGAAAUUAUACGCAAGACAGGUGGAAUUUCUGUGCUUGCUCAUCCGUGGGCAUUGAAGAAUCAUGCCGCCGUCAUUAGGAGACUGAAGGAUGCCGGCCUUCAAGGGAUUGAGGUUUAUAGGAGCGACGGAAAGCAAGACGUAUUCAGUGACCUAGCGGAUACAUACGACCUCCUGAAGCUCGGGGGAUCGGACUUUCAUGGAAGAGGCGGACGUAAUGAGUCAGAACUCGGGAGUGUAAACCUUCCUGUGCUUGCGCUUCUCGAUUUCUUGAAAGUGGCUCGUCCGGUAUGGUGUGAUGCGAUCAAGGCGGUCCUUGAGAAUUUCGCCGAUCAUCCCUCGGAUUCAAACCUCUCGAACAUUGUAAGAUUUGACAGGGAAAGGAUCCUCAAAGGAAACUCGGUCUUGAACUUUGGUAACGACUUGAUUGAUAGAUGCUUAUCGAGUUGGUUGACGAGCGAGGAGAGACAGAGGCCUGAGUUUGUGGCCAUCAAGUUAAAGCUUUCUGAUGUAUCGAUCGCUUCAACCGGAUUGCCUGUUCCAGUUGGUUGCAAGUGUAACUAGCCGGGUUUCUGUAGUUUCGAGAUCUGUGGGCGGAUGGAUCGCUGAGCUUUUUAUUUUUAUUUUGGUUUUUCGAGAUGUGGGGAAGAAAAAAGAUCAUGCUCUUCGUCGGGUUUGGUCACUGUGGCACCCGUGGGAACAUAUAUUCCGUACACAUUUUCAAUGCAUCUGUUCAAACAUGUUCCAAAUGUAAGGUUUCUUACAAUUCUCUCA